AACAGUUGCAGUGUUAUUUAAUAGGCUAAUAUGAGUGAAGUAAAUAGCGUUGCAUAGCAAACUCAACUACUUUGUCACGUAAAUUAAUGCGAAUCUGAAGAAAUAUGUCGAGGGUAACACAUUAAAAAGCCAAGUUGAACCUCAAAACGGUGUGUCGCGCGCCGAACGCUGCGUUCAUGUUAUUCUCAUCAUCUCGCGCAUAUUUGGAGCGUUUCAUAGCAGGGCUGCGGGCGGGCGGGCGCGCGCUCGGUGCAAUAUAUUUUACUUGCAAAGCGAAGUCCGAGGCAGCGCCAUCCUGUGAUUUUAUUUCAGUGCCAACUUGCAUAGCCUGCUUGAAGCGGUUUUAGUUUCUGCAACUGUUUCCAACCGACAUGUACUAAGAUCUCGCUCAUCAUCAGUCCUCACAGUGGUGCUGAACUGCAGCCUUCGCUGUCUUCACUGUUGAGCGCUCGUCAGGGGAGCGGACCUGCAUCCUAAAGCAAACCUUUCUGAGACAUUGCAGUCCUGUCACGUCUUCGGCUCUCCUAUUUGCCUCUAACACGAGAGCGGAGAGAAGAAGAAGAAGAAGAAGCGGCUCAACGGUGGUGACAUGGCAAGAGGCAGCAUUAUUUAAAGUGGUCAAUCUUCUGCUCUUUUAAUUCCACUGCAGCAACCUGAUGCAGUGAAGGAGCUCUUGAGGCUAUGCACUUGCCUGCAUUUGGUGAAAGCAUGUUGUGGGUUACACUGCUAAGCACAAUUGCACUUGGAUGGACGACACCUAUCCCUCUACUUGAUGAUUCAGAAGAAAUAGACGAGCCUUGCUUUGAGCCCUGCUACUGCGAAGUGAAGGAAGGCCUGUUUCACGUUCAUUGUGACAGCAAAGGAUUUACAAAUAUUAGCCAAGUCUCACAGUCAUGGCUUAGACCAUUCAAGCUCUACCUGCAGAAAAACUCUUUACGGAAGCUCUACUUCAACAGUUUUUUGCACUUGAACAAUGCAGUGGCCAUUAAUCUGGGCAAUAAUGCCCUGCAGGACAUCCAUGUUGGGGCUUUCAAUGGUUUGAGCUCCCUGAAGAGGUUGUACCUUCACGAAAACAAGCUGGAAGUGUUCCGGAACGACACAUUUCUCGGACUGGAGAGUUUAGAAUACCUUCAGGCAGACUAUAAUGUUAUCAAGAGAAUAGACAGUGGGGCGUUUCGAAAUCUCCACAAACUCAGAGUGCUCAUCCUUAAUGACAAUUUAAUACCCAUGCUGCCGGCAUUUCUCUUCAGAUCUGUCUCUCUGACGCACCUUGACUUGAGAGGCAAUCGACUAAAGACGCUGGCUUACAAAGGGAUUUUGGAAUAUAUCGGUCGCAGUCUCAUGGAGAUCCAGUUGGAGGAGAACCCUUGGAACUGUGUCUGCGAUAUCAUCCAGCUCAAGGCCUGGUUGGAGCGGAUUCCGUACACCGCGGUUGUCGGCGAGAUCACGUGCGAGUACCCUUUCCACCUCCACGGAAAGGACCUCAGAGAGAUCAAACGCGGCGAGCUUUGUCCCUUAUUAAAUGAAGCAGAGAUCGAGUCAAUUCUAGCCGUCCUACACUUACCAUUCUACACAGGGAGGGCGAGGCCUACAAAGCCGUCAUCUAUAGUCUCCCCCAAUCAAAACACUGUCUCCUCCGUGGAACAAAGAGAAAGACCUCCAAAGCCAACAAAAAGACCCAGGCCCUCAAAGACACCACCGACACCACGCAGUGUGUUCCCUAAUCAGCCGCCUGUAGCCGGAUACCAGACGAGGCCGCCUAUACCUAUCAUUUGUCCCAUGGGAUGUACCUGUAACUUGCAUAUUAAUGACCUUGGUUUGACAGUCAACUGUAAGGAAAAUGGGUUUCGGAACAUUUCCGAGUUGAUGCCUCGACCCUUGAACGCCAAGAAGCUUUACUUGAGUGGAAAUCUCAUUCAGAGAAUAUACAAGUCCGAUUUUUGGAAUUUCUCCAGUCUUGAUUUAUUGCACUUGGGAAACAAUCAGAUAUUUUACGUUCAAGAGGGGGCUUUUGUUAAUCUCCCUAAUUUGAGAAGCCUUUACCUGAACGGUAAUAGUAUUGUGAAGUUAACUCUUGAUAUGUUCCACGGUUUGCACAGCCUUGAGUAUUUGUAUUUCGAGUACAAUGAGAUACGAGAAAUCCAGCCGGCUGCCUUCAGUUUAAUGCCCUCCCUGCAGCUAGUCUUUCUCAACAACAACCUCUUGCGAACGUUGCCCGUGGGAGCAUUCGCAGGUACCUCGCUGACACGCCUGAACUUGCGGAACAACUACUUUCAUUGCCUCCCAGUCAGCGGCGUUCUAGAACACCUGCAUGCUGUCGUCCAGAUCGACCUGAAUCAGAACCCCUGGGACUGCUCCUGCGACAUCAUCCCUCUCAAAGAGUGGCUGGAUACGCUGAGCUUAGUGGUCAUAGUCGGAGAAGUGGUGUGUAAGACCCCCGAGCUGGUCUCAGGAAAAGAUUUACGCUCUCUGAAUUCUGAGGUGAUAUGCCCUGAGCUCCGACAGUCCUCACUGUCUCCUGCCGAAUCAGACGGGCUUAUCACUACAUAUCCCGAGGUGGGACCGCACCCGCCGAAAGGAGCCAUACCCCUCUCUGUUCUCAUUCUCAGCCUGCUGGUUCUGUUUGUGUCUGCCUUCUUUGCUGCUGCAGCUCUUUGCGCAUAUGCUCUUAAAAAGCGUGAAAAGCUUCCCUUUAGGAAGCAAGGGGAAGUGGGCCUGGCAGGCAUUCAGAUGGAAUGUGGAAUAUUCACAGAACAGCCACCGACCUUACCAGAAACUCCUCCUUCCAAUCACGUGUACGAUAGCAUCGGUGCUCCCUCUUCGCACAUGUGCAGCAACCCCGUUUACAAAAGCGGACAGGAGGAGUCAGGGCAGAAGCAUCCAUUCUCAGAGACAAAAGAGAGCGGUUCGCAUUACAGAACGCUGGUGGAGAAGGAAAAGGAGUGGACCAUGGCCAUCUCCAGCUCCCCCAUUAACACUAUCGUCAGCGUCGGCGCGCCUUGUGGUGACAUUGCCGGCUUUCAUGAAAACGGAAUACUCUGUCCGACUGUCAUUGAUAGCCAAGGUCCCACGCCCAAGGUGGGAUUAGUGGACAGUCUUUUUGGCACAACUUCCCAGUUUAGCAACCUGCCUGACAGACACACGCACCCUCCCUCAGAGUAUCCACACGCCAAACAGGAUGCCAGACAAAAGCAAACGAUCACAACCACCACAGGGACAAGGACAGGAUGUCCUAAUCAAACCCAAAGUGAUUAUCCUGAGCUGAGGGCUAGACUCAAAACAAAGAUGGAUUACAUUGAUAUGCUGGAGAGGUCAUAUCAAUUCUAAGACAUGUCAGAUAUAAGACUGCACAUCCAAAAUGAAAAUGGUAAGAUGGAAAAAGAAUUCACGCGAUGUAAAAUGGUACGGUUUUCCCUCAAGUUGCUCUGGAGGAAAUCCCUUGUUCAGAUUUUUUAAAGUGCCUUCAUAAGAGCAGCCAGCAAUGUUGUAAAGGAGUAUUUUUCUAUCACAGUUUUAUUUAUCUAAAAUACAUAGAUUUACAUUGGAAGGAAAAGGAUCAACUGCUGUUUCCAGACUUUGCAAUGUUGGUAAACGUGAAGCAAAUUAUGCGUAUGAAUGCAGGGCGUGCGGUCUUGGCUUUUAACUCGUUUGCAUCAAAAACUUCUGAGAUAUUUUUUAUUUAACUGAAAAUUGUCUAUCAGCAAUAGAGAUACUGCAGUUAUUGUAUAACUGUCAAGUGCUUUGUUGAAUCUGUAUUUUCAAAUUGAGUAGAUUGUCUUUAACUGGACUCAUUGAAUGGUUUUAUGGACCAAGGUAAGGUCAAAACAUGUAAAAGAUUGGGAACUAUUGAUCAUGUCUACGGACGUACCUUCUCACAAAGGCAAAGACAGAUCUGUGCAUAUAUUUAUUCUUAGAUUUCAGUGUUGCAAUUAUUAUUGUAAGACAUCAUGUUAAAUCAGUUUAUAAUGAUUAUGCCUCUGGUUUAGCCUUCCUUGAAAAAAGAAAACCCAUGAAUUCAAUAAAGGGUGCUAAACUAAGCCAAGUUCUGCAAACUGUACCAUUUUGAGUAGCAGACAUGCGGAUUUUGGCCUCUGCAUAGCAUGCACACACACACACACACACGCACACACACAUCCACGUGCUUUUAGUAUGCUUCAAAAGAGAUUCCAAAGAACAAAGUGUUUCAAACGAGACCUCAUAUGCUGGAAACUAGUAAAUAACAGCGUGAAAUUUGUCAGAGAUAUUGACACAGUCAAUUUGCGAAAGACUCUGUCAGGUCACCCACAUACCUGGAGGAGAGGAAGCAGAGAAUAAUGUGCAGCAUUCUUAUAGCAUCCUCUGCAGUCUCCAGUCCCCUGAGUGUCCAUGGGAGGGCAUCAGUUAGAUACACCUAUUCACCAUGCAUAAGCUGGCUUAACCUAGUUACGCAGCAUUGCGUAAGGGAGAAAAAUUCCCUUUUUGGCAUCAUAUAGUAAAAGCCUUGAAUAAAGCCAAACCUGGAAAGAGAUGAAGCUGAAUAUUUAUGAAUAUCGAAGUUCUAUCAUCCUGCGAUUUGACAUUUGUUAUUUUUAAUUCCUCAUCCGCACGAUCCCCUUUCAUAAUUUCUCAUCUCAUUGCAUGAAAUGCAAUUACAAACCUCCACUUUGAGCCGACUAAACACAUCUUCCAAUUUUAGUCUCAAAGAGCUACAUUUAAAUGUCUAAAGAGUGAACGUGUUUGCUCAAAGAAAGGGUUUUGCUGUCGGUCCAGCUUCUCUUGAAAUUGGUCUGAAAGUCCAAGGACACGCGUGUGAAAGGAGGGUAACGCCAGAGCCCCGGAUCGACUCUUAUCGCGCCGCCCCUGUUUAUUUUUGCUAAUGUUGUACUUGGCAGAUUCCAUCCCUCACAGGCCAUCCAUCAUUUACACAGUUGGAUGUUUAUAACGGCAUUUCUGCUUCUGGCAUACAGACCUGCUUGUCAAAGAGAGCCGCUUCCUAACCACCUUUUCUCAGUGAUAAUUCGCAAAGCUUUUGUCCAAAGUAUGAGGAGAGAUAAUCCUCUCAAUGCCACUCCAGUAACCCUCAUUAUACGCCUCUGCCACCCAAUCCCACAGACGGCCUGGCCAACUGAUCCUGUAUGCAGUGAAUGCGAUCGCAGGGGCAGUCAGCUGCUCUGCUACAUAGUGCUCAUGUGCCUCGCCAAGACAAAGUGGCAUUUAACCAAGAGACCAUGAACAGAGAGAAGUGGGCAAAUGUGAAAUGAUAGCUUAUGUUUAAUGGUUGACAGGAUCUAAAUAACCAACAGUUACUUUCUUUGAUGGUAUUGUGCGACUAUUUUUUUAUGGGAAUGCUCCUAACAGAAAGUGGCAUGAUUAUGAGGUUAAUAAUUACUUCUGAAAAAUGCUCUCAGAACAGCCAUUUAACAAAACACUGUUAUUAUGAAUUCUGAACACGACAUAUGGCGAUGAAUGCGAAAAUGUAAUGCGCCGCACCACGGAUAAUGUGUUCCCAACACGUAAAUGAGCCACAAAGUACCUGCGGAAUUUUCAAUGGGAUGCAAUUAGUCAGCAAACGGUGUGUGCCGUUGCUCUCUGACAUUUGCAUUUUUACCAGAGACUGUGGCCUUUUCCUCUGGCUGUCACGCCUGUAAUGCGUCUGCUCAGACAUGCCAUCAAAACCCUUGCCCCUUGGGAAAUUCAGGGACACCAUAGUGCAGGCAGUUGUCAUUUUACUGGACAGCUUGGACAUGGUUCAAGUGUUCUGCUGUCGUCAAUGCUGUUCUUUCUCAAAAUUUGUCACAGAGCGGAAAAAUAUGAAAAAGUUUGCACUGGCUUGCAUAUAGACGUGUUUCUCGUUGACAAGAACUAGGCGUGUUAUUGUUCUGAAAAGCCUCAGCGAAUGCCUUUCUCACUGAUAAAAAUUAUUAUGUGGUGAAGUACAUACUACAGAAAAACUUAAAAUAACAAAGUAAAUUCUAUAUUAGUACCUAAUUUAAGCAAGUAGAAAUGAAAGCGUGAAUAUCAACGUUAUAAAAUUAAGUAAUACCUACUCAACUUUCUGAUACUGGUGUUCCCAUCAUGCACUGGGGUGUGAAUAAUUAACUGUUUUCCAGCUGUAUUUACACUGUUUUAUCAUUGCUUUUCUUGUCAGGUUUAGUAACUUGCUGUUUGUGACAUCAUUUUCUACUCAAAACGUUACCGUUAUUUUGUAUUGUGUACCAAGUAUUGAGAUCUCUGUGUUCGGGUGGGUACCGCAUUGCUUCUAUUAUGUAGAUAUGUUGUCUACACAAUAUCUACUGUAUUAUUUGCUCGGAUGUUCUAAGUAAAACAUACACUUUAAAGCACAGCUUAAGUCAGUGUUAUAUUGUUUGAGUAAAAAUUACUUGAAACAGAGUAUUGCAAAGUAAACUACAACUAAGUAGAAAUUACUCAAACCAUAACUGGCCAAGUUAAAGUUACUUUUUUUUGUUAAUUUUACUUAAAGGAUUAGUUCACCCAAAAAUGAAAAUU